CCGGCGACGGUGAAGUUGGUGCUGCAGGACGGCGAGCUGCAAGAGUUCGCGCAGCUGGUGAAGGCGUCCCAUGUACUGCAGUCGAUGCACCCAACGGCCUACUUCGUGUGCGACGCUGAUGACAUGGUGUUCGAUGGCCACGCGCCCGCCGCCAACGAGCUGCGGCCCGGGAAGCUCUACUUCGUGCUCCUUGUCUCCAUGCUCCGACGGCCGCUCCACGCAGAGGAGAUGGCCGCGCUCGCGGUGAAGGCCAACACCGCUCUCGCGGGAAGGUGCCGCCGGCGGGCCGGGCAUAUUCGAGAAGACGGUAAAAAGAAAAAUAGGGAGAGAGCAAGAAAUAAUAUAAGAAUAAUAAAAUCUGGUUGA